GAUAAGCUUUGUACCAAGCGUAGUUCCUCGAGUGUGAGAGAGACAUGUUCUCCAGUACACCUUUGAUGCUCUUGGCUCGCGGUUGAUAAUAGCAGCUUCACGUUUGUCUCAGUUAUGUUACGUGUUGCUUCGGUUAAACAUUUAAUAUCUCAUUUAAAUAUUCACGUGGCUAAUUAGCGAUGUAGUUUAAAUUUUGAUAAUUUAAUUCAACACAAUUAUCAUCACGAGAUUUUCGUAAAAUCUUGAAAAUGCGAGUAAAAAAAUGAAGAUAUCAGUGUUCAUGAUAAUUAUAUUUAUGUUAAGACAUGAGAGUAAGUCCAAUUAUCCUAUCAACAGCAGCACAGCUGAUUUGGGCUCAUGACGCUGUUAUUGCAACUGUUGGCAAAAGUAUUUCAUUUGAGACGAUAAUGAUAACUGCAACGGUCGCUGGUGUGUCUACCGGAACAACAACAACAAAUCGGCCUGAGUUGUCAACUGAAUUUUUUCUCAUACCGGAAUCACAUCCAGACAAAAAUAAUAUUGCUAGUGUAGCAAGUGUAAUAAGUGUACCGGCUCCAAAUCGGACUAUUUCCAUCUAUCAGCCGCCACAUUAUCCAUUAGAUGAAUCCAAGAUUCCAGGUUAUCCGGUGGUAUCACCCUAUCAGACAAUACUUCGGCAACGAUCAUGGGCAUUACCACUAGCAGCUUUAAGUGCUGCAGCAAUGCUUCUUAUGGCAGCUUUCGAGAUAUUUGUACUUCUUAAGGCAAGAGCAGCAGCACCAAGCAGAAGACAUUUAUUUCUUGGCCAGGCUCUUCUUCUUGGACUUUUCUUACUGGCUGGGUUAUCAGCAGCAGCUUCUCUGACACCUAAUCCACUUUCCUGUGCAGCAUUUAGGCUUGUUGGUCUUCCAGCCGCACUUGUAUUUGCCGCACUACUCGUCAAAUGCGUUUUUCUGCUUUCUCUAAAUAGCGGUGUCUAUCUUCCAGCACCGUAUCAGGCUCUCGUUCUUGUAUUCGCUGUGCUCGUUCAAGUAGCAAUUGUGGGCCAGUGGUUUUAUGGAGAAUCACCAGCCGUCAUUCGUCGAGUUAUUGAGGCUAACACGCCAUUUAUUCAACAAUAUACACUUUGUAAAACCCCCUUAGGACAAACCAUAGCUUCACUCGGAUAUCCAGGCGUUUUAUUAAUAGCAGUAACAUGUCUGGCAGUCCGAGCUCGUGGAGUUCGUGAUAAUUAUCGGGAAGCAGCAUUUAUUGGUCUAGCAGUAGGUUUAACAUUGCCCAUUUGGAUGAUUAGUGCAAUAGGUUCGAUAGUUGCAGUGGAAAAUGAUCGAGAAGCGUGGUUGGCCUAUGGACUUCUUUCAACAGCUCUUAUUGUAUUUCUUACUAUGUUUUUACCGAAAGGACGUCAAUUGGCUGCUCUUGGACGUGAAGGACCCGGAGGUAUUCCCAGUGCGGUAGCUGGAGGCACAACAGUUGUUAUUAGAGAUCAUGAUGAUGAUAGAUUAAGUUCAUUGCCAGGAAGCGGAUACUCACCGUCAUUUUUUCAUUUUAAACCUGCUGAAACGAGUUUGAAGAGAAAAAUGCACUACCAGAGUGCAGAUCGCGUGGCUUUGGUCUCGUCAGGAAUACCUGGAUGCAGUGCAUGCAGACAUGGAAAUAGUCCGGCGUAUUCUGAAGACAUACAAACACCCUUGGAUACGUUUGUUCUACCUCAUGGAAUGUAUCUUCAAGGACCAGAAUUAGAUGCAGGAAAUCUUUAUACUACUUUAUCAACGAAUCCUAAUGUUUUCUUUCAAAGAGCUCAUCCAGGAAUGAUUUAUUAAGCUAUAAUUCCAUAAUUAAUUUUAAAUAAUGUUAUAUAAGCUUUUAGUUUAUAGAAUUAUGAUGUUUUGUAUGAAUGCUUUUGCGAUAAAUUGAAUGUU